GACAGCCUGUCUAUUGGAGAGAAACCGCAGGUCUACAUGGCGUGCUUUUGCUUGUCCGCCCAAGUGCCGCUGCUUUUCUUUUAAAAAACAAGGAAUCUCCGAGCUUCCCUCUCUGCCGAGAUCAGACUCCCGUCGACUCCGACUCUUACGUGACAGUCUUUCAGGGAGGGGCAUCCGUUUCUCGGAGCAAGUGCAUUCCCGUCUCGUCUUGCAUUCAUCAACUUUUCCGCCAUGUCUCGUUACGUGAAAGUCUACCGAAAGGUGAUGAAUCUGCAGAGGCGCAAGACGCCUUUGCCGUGGACGCCGACCUUCCUGGAGUUCUCUAAAGAGCCUUCAGUUCCCUUCCCUGUCAGAGAGAAGCUGCAACCGGCGCCCAUCGACCUGUCAUACUACCUCAACAUGGAGGUCGGCGACCUCGUGGAGGUGCUUCAUGGCCCCGACUGUGGUCGCCAGGGCGUCGUUCUGUCCAUCAGCAAAAAGCGAAACACGGUCGUCGUUGACGGGUGCAACAUGAAGAAAAGCUUCUGGAACCCAGGCGUCGGCGCUUCGCUAAUCACGCAAGAAAUGCCUAUACACAUUACGAACGUCGCCCUCCUCGACCCCGUUGUCAAACGGCCGACGCGGGUCAAGAGACGCUUCAUGAUGAACGGCGAGUGUGUGCGGAUCUCGAAGCUUUCCGGAAGUGCAAUGCCGGAGCCCGUGUCCACCUCUGCGUUGCGGCAGCCGAAUUUGUAUCAGGAGUAUUUGCGCCAGAAGGCCCUCGGUCCCCCGCUCAAAGCAAGCUAUGCACGACCGGAUCCUCUCCAUCUGAAAAUUCUCCAGAGGCUCGCGAGGCACAUCAGUUGGGGUCAAGGUUCGCCGUUGCCGACGGCAGAGAAUCCUCGAGUGAACUCUCCAGAGCCUAUGGCCCUGCGGCGCUGAUGUGAGUUUUAACCGAUUUUCCAUCCAGUAACUGAACGUUUCACAAGCGAUCGAGCUUGAAGUUGUCUGUCUGUUUGUUUUGAGAAAAACAGGUGGAUGCCUCUAAAUAGGUCCGUUGAGGGGAGAAAGUCUACCAGAGGAGAAGAUUUUUAAAACGGUUGCAGUGAUGAAGACUGGUUGUGUCGCUGUUUUCCUUCCGUCUGUGUUGCUGGGCGAGCACUGCUUUCUUCUUCUGCACCUCCCUGUUUUCUACCAAGUCUCUGUUUGUACUUGGGAUUUUCUGGCCAGCUGUGCCUCGCCCUCUCCUGUGAGCAGCGGCCAGCCAAGGCGGUUGUCCAUAUUUCUGCUUUCCACGUUGGAGUCUAACAAGCAUACCUACACGCUUUUUUUGUAGAGGUACCGUACUUCCUUAUCCAUCUUUUCCCCCGUAUCAGUUGUGCGGAGAGUGGCGGAUUGGAACUGUUCAAGAUUCUUGCCACGAAAACUCUUCCAUUCAGCUGCCAAAAAAAACUACCGUCAAAGUUUUUCUUUCGUUCGACUUUCACUGACAUGGA